CCUGGCUGCACACACCAGAGCCCGGACACAGAGCAACCCUAAACUUUCUUCCUCCCUGGCUGACCUCUACCUGCCCCCACCAUGAAGAAGGAAAUACUAACCCUGGCCUUUGCUCGAGCCGUCUUCGUGGAGUUCCUCUCCACGCUCAUCUUCGUCUUCAUCGGGCUGGGCUCGGCGCUGAAGUGGCCAUCGGCCCUGCCCAGCAUCCUGCAGAUCGCGCUGGCCUUCGGGCUGGCCAUCGGCACCUUGGUGCAAGCCUUCGGCCACAUCAGCGGCGCCCACAUCAACCCCGCCGUGACCAUCGCCUUCUUCGUGGGCAACCAGAUCUCGCUGCUCCGCACGCUGCUCUACGUGCUGGCCCAGCUGGUCGGGGCCAUCGCCGGAGCCGGGAUCCUGUACGGCGUCACCCCGGCCAACACCCGCGGCAACCUGGCCAUCAACGCGAUCAACACCAACGUGACCCCCGGCCAGGCCCUGGUGGUGGAGAUCAUCCUCACCUUCCAGCUGGCCGCCUGCAUCUUCGCAUCCACGGACAACCGGCGCAGCGGCGUCGGCUCCCCCGCGCUGUCCAUCGGCCUCUCGGUCACCGUGGGCCACCUGGUGGGGAUUUACUUCACCGGCUGCUCCAUGAACCCUGCGCGCUCCUUCGGGCCCGCGGUCGUCACCAGGAGGUUCAGCCCCGCACACUGGGUGUUCUGGGUCGGGCCCAUCCUCGGGGCUUGCUUGGCCUCCCUGCUCUACUUCUACAUCCUGGUGCCCUACUGCAUGAACAUGUCUGACAGGGUGGCCAUCAUCAAGGGCACCUACGAGUCCGAGGAGGAGUGGGAGGAGCAGCGGGAGGAGAGGAAGAAGUCCAUGGAGCUGACCCCGCCGUAAGAGCAGCAGGAAGAGCCAAGGCGAGGGAGGGGAGGGAGCCCCACAGAGGGCUCGUGUGUGCCCCAAAGCCAGGCCAUGCCCACAGCAGCUGCAGCUCAGACUCUCAAUCCAAAGCCUUCCCCUGCAGCCCCCGUGGACGCAGGAGGGCCGGGGGCUCUGUGUGUGUGUAAAGAACCCCUGCAUGAGCUCUAGAACCUCUCCAGCUUCACAAACCC